GGCGCACUCCGCGGCGCGGCGACAAACGCGACACACAGGGCUGCGAGGGGUCCGAGGGGCAGACUGGCCGGUCAGCAGUGGGCGGUGCUGAGGAGUGAGGACAGUGCAGAGGAGGACCACUUGAUUACCUCCCGGUGAAGGGGGCUGAGGUACUCGGGCGACCUGGUGGGUCCUGUCGUAGCCCGUGGUGGCAGCGGAGUGCCGAGAUCGGCAGCGGAGAGCGAUACUUCCGUGGUGAGUGGAAGUGAGCAAACAGGCGAGCGGGGGUGAGUGAAGAGAAGGACCAAACGUCCUCCCUUCCGCAGAAAACGCUUUUCGACUGCGACAACGAACAACGACAUCAAAGCUCCGUCCGGGUGGGACGGGCCUGCUGUCGGAUCGGCUGUAAAUGCUGCUGGAUGACGGUUCGCUAACUGGCCAGUUGAGGAUGCUGGGCGACCUGCCGCCGCUCACCAACGGUCUCCACGAGCCGGAGCCAGCCGCCACCAGUGAGGAGAGGACCUCAGUCGGAGAGACCAACGCCACCCUGCCGCCAGUGACGCGGGUACUGCCUCCUCUGCGGGGCGCGCCGCGGAUCGCCUCCUCUCUCAGCCAGCCGGAGGGUGACACCACAGAGACCACAGAGGGGGGACUCAGGAGGCCGCCGGAGGCCGGGGAACUUCAGUCCGUUAACUCCGCCGCCGACCUCCGCAACCAGGCGGAUGCCGGACAAAAAUCAGCGGAAGACAAUGUUGUAGCCUCAGAAGAUGGUGGAGUCUGCAGUCCUCUGACGCGGCUGCUGAGUCGGUUCCGGAAGGACAAGUCCGUCUCACACGAGCCGGUCACCCCUGAACCGACUGUCGAGCCCAAGGAAGAGCCGGAUGACGAGAGCCGACCCGAGGGAGAGGCACUCAGAGCGGGUCUGCCGGCCGAGGACGACCCUCCGACGGCGCGUGUCGACACGCCGGCGGUCACCGCCGAGACGGCGGACAUCGAGACCGACCCGCAGGAGACAGAUACGCCACAGUCGAAAACCUGCUCAAUCCUAUGAAGGGUAUGAGAAGAGUUUCCAAGUGUCGACUGUCGACCUUCGACAUCUCCAAUGACUAAAAAACAACGCCCAUUGCGGUGUUCCAAUUCAGGCACACCGAUGUCGGUUACAAUGAUCGACCAUAAAGAGUAUGUACACCGUCGUGAUAAGUGAUAACGCUAAAACGGACAUUGCACAUGCGUGUACAGCUGGCGAAUCAUGUCAUGGGAGAGGACCAAAUGCCUUCACUGCGAUGUUUUGGUGAAGCGGAAAUAUAGCGAGUGGAGGGAGCGUGAGCGAUGGAAUGAGGAUGCCGUUUCACAUUAGUUUCGUAUGUGAUAGGCGAUGCACAGAGCUCUGUUGUGAUGUGACAGUUCAACUUGAACAACUUAUGUUGCUUUGUUAGUUUCACGCAUUUACACUACACAGUUCACACUCCCUUCGUGACGUUAUAGGGAAAUGUACAAAGUAUAGUUUGAAAAUGUACCUACUUGAUACAGCCUCACUAAGUGCGUGGGCAUCCCAUAAAUAGCACUAGCAGGCAUUCUCAUUUUGUCCUAAAUGUUUAUCACGAAAUAGCGACUACCUGCUUACAUAAAACCGUAGUCCAAUGCGGUUUUAUAAACUUAAAACUGAAAAUUUUCUAACAUUUUUGAAUAUCCUAUUAUGUUCGGCUUGUACCGUUUACAACGUGUCAUCGGGUAGGGAUGUGUUAUUUUUUUUCAAGCCUGUGUGAAAAUGGAAUGUCAUUUGCAAGCGAUUUUAAAACUAUUGCACAAGCUCGUCCCUGUAUACCGUCUACAAACAUGUGCUAAGAACAAGUCCAUUGAUUUGUUUCUUUGUGAUAGUUUUAGGCAGUCAUUGUUUUCAUCUUCAUUGGCUGCAUUGUCGAGGCACUUUGGUGGGAUACAUAAUGUCAUCCCAUGCAUAAGAUGCAUGUCAUUGGGAUAAUAAAUCAGCACGAUCAAAACUGA